UGGCAACUUUUAACCGGUAUAUCAAUGGGAGUUCGUCGGGCGCCCUCUGAUGUAGAUAAUAACUUAACCAAUAAAACAAUAGGUUACUCGGUCAUGUGACGUAACCCUAUCUGCCCCACGUGAUCUCGUGCCCUUGGCAGACGACUUAAGCAAGAUGGCAGAACACAUUGACGAGAAGGCUGGCAUGCAUUGGCUCCUCGACCUCAUCUUGACCAAAGCAUCUUGCCAGUUGGAGGGUAGUCAGUUUGUGAGAAGAGCCGACACUGAAAGACUGAGAGAGAUAUUUUUAAAGUAUGCAAGUGUGGAAAAAGAUAGCGAUAAAUUUAUGACACCGGAAGAUUUUGUUAGAGGAUUUUUAGGUUUAUAUCGUCACGACGAUUACAAUCCAAACACUGUACGAUUACUGGGUAACAUUCUAGACACAUCUAAAGAUGGUCUUGUCAGUUUUGCUGAAUUUCAAGCCUUUGAAGCCGUUCUUUGCAAACCUGAUUCGUUAUAUAAGACUGCCUUUCAGUUAUUCGACACAAAUGGAUCCGGAACCAUUACCCAUGAUGAAUUUGAGGAAAUCAUUAAACAUACGACUCUUCACGAGAAAAUUCCCUUCAAUUUUAACAGUGAGUUUAUGCGCUUACAUUUUGGCGAAGAGAGGAGUAGGUUAGUCAGUUACGUGGAAUUUUCUCAAUUGCUUCAUGAUUUUCAUGAAGAGCAUGCCAUCCAAGCAUUUAGAAAGUACGACAAAAAAAAGCGGGGUUGCAUAUCUGCCUUAGAUUUUAACGAUAUCAUGAUAUCCGUUAAAAGUCAUCUUUUAAGUGAAGAAGUGAAACGGAAUCUUGUGGCUAUUGACUCCAUAACAUUUUUCAGUCGUGUAACUUAUGAAGAUCUAGAAGUUAUUGCUCCAUAUCGUCCAACAAAAUUUCUCUCCAGGCCUCUUGCAGAGAUGAAGGCUGUAGAAAGUCCUGCUGACAGAGGUGUAGUAAUACAAAUUUUUGAAAGUGUUUACAGAUUUGUUUUAGGCUCUUUUGCUGGAGCUGCUGGUGCUACUGUAGUUUACCCAAUCGAUCUUGUGAAAACGAGAAUGCAGAAUCAGCGAACUGGUUCGUACAUUGGGGAGCUAAUGUAUAGAAACAGUAUAGACUGUGCUAAAAAGGUUAUAAGACACGAAGGUAUUUUUGGCCUCUACAGGGGUUUAAUGCCACAGCUUGUAGGUGUGUGUCCAGAAAAGGCCAUUAAAUUAACUAUGAAUGAUUUUGUUCGUGACAAAAUGACAAAUGAAAAAGGUGAAAUAAAACUUCUACAUGAAAUUUUAGCUGGAGGUUGCGCUGGUGCAUCUCAAGUAAUGUUCACAAAUCCUUUAGAAAUAGUGAAAAUUAGGUUGCAAGUUGCAGGGGAAAUAGCAGUAACUCAUAAAGUUAGUGCAAUUUCAGUCAUUAAAGAUCUUGGACUAAUAGGUUUAUAUAAGGGUGCUAGAGCCUGUUUUCUUCGUGACAUUCCUUUUUCUGCCAUCUACUUCCCCGUCUACGCUCAUUCGAAAUUGACUUUUGCCGACGAGAACGGACACAACGGUGCCGGCUCUCUGUUGCUGUCGGCAUGUGUUGCGGGUGUUCCUGCUGCCUAUUUGGUAACUCCAGCCGACGUAAUCAAAACUAGACUGCAAGUUCAAGCUAGAAAAGGUCAGACGACUUAUUAUGGUGUAUUUGAUGCAGUCCGUAAGAUAUGGAAAGAAGAAGGUGGUAGUGCUUUUUGGAAAGGCGGAAUCGCACGUGUGCUUCGUUCUGCACCCCAGUUUGGUUUUACUCUGUUGACGUACGAAAUUUUGCAGAGAUUGUUCUUUAUUGAUUUUGGUGGCAGGAGACCUACCGGAUCACAAGUCAAAGUUCCAGUUCAGACCGGCGAAAUACGUUCUCACAAUCCGGAUCACAUCGGAGGCUACCGUCUGGCUCUGGCCACCUUCAAUGGAAUGGAAUCGAAGUUCGGUCUCUUCCUGCCAAAAUUCAGUCGACCCGCAAAAGCCUAGUAAAAGGCAUCGCCGGUUUAGAAAAAUCAUCACUCGUUCAUUCUCCCAACAUCGUGCUAGUAUCAAAAUAGUCAUAACAUAGGAAGAAAUUUAUUAGAAUGCCUAAAUGAAGAACAUCUAUGAUGCAAGACUUAACAGAGUAUUGAAGUAUCCAUUUGGGUUCAUUGCCUCAUGUAAAUGCCACAUCCUCAUAAACUUGCAGACUUAUCCAGAGAAGGGAAAAAAUUUUGGCAGCUACACAAUUAAGAAGCUUCUUUGUAUAUAAACUUCGUAGUCUCCCAACAAAUUAUGUUCAAAUUGCCUGUUUAUUCUCGUAACGAGCGCACGAAUUCUUUUGUGGAAGCCAUACCACGACAAUCAUUUCAAACCCAACAAAGGUAGUCGUUUGUUUAAACAAUUUUAGGUAUAUUAUACAAUCGAGUAAGUGUUUGCUAUAUUUGGUGCCGUUAGAAUUAGAAUAUAUUUAGCAAUAGACAAAUUUGUUUCAUGGCAUCGAGCGUGAAGUUUACUUUUGGAUGACAAUAGUUGUAGUUUCGCCGUAAUUAUUUACGGUCGUAAGUGGAAAAUUUUGUUUCAUUAAUCAAAUCGUCGAAGUGGAUUAGCGGCCGACCUAGGCCAAAUUGCAUCUAGUCAAGUUUUUGAAUAUUAGGAGACAUAUUUAUAUUUAGAUGUUGAAGUAUUAGUUGCACAAAUUUUAUUUCGCAAAGCAUUUGUCUGUAUGUUAGGAUAUUUAGAUUACUAAAUAUCCUAGACACUAAUUUAUGUAAUCAGAAAUGUUUAAUUCUGUUAAACAGAGUGAUAUUGUUAAGUUUAAAUUAUUGUUUUUAAUUAGUUCUACAGGAUCUUUACCAAAAUAAUAUAACAAUUUUUCUGCCAAUUUUCACUCUAAAUCUGUUUCUGCUAUACCAAUAGUGCCUGUAGCUGUCUUUUGUUAAAAAAUUGUAAAAAUCUUGUACAGGUUUUGAAUUAAAUUGUUAUGGACAAAA